AUGUCUGUAACUGUGAAACGCCUCAAUGCCGAUACAGCCUUUCUCCUCGUCUUCUCUCCCAAGGCACAUCCUCUUCCUCCAGAUCUCUCCUCCGCAGGCGGCGCCGUUUCGGUGCUGAUCGAUCCAUGGAUCAACAGUGCCUCCACCAAGACUGACCACAAGCACCUUGCAUAUUUUGAGGAACCCGACCUGCUGAUCGUGUCGCAAACCAAGCCGGACCACCGCCACAAGGAGACUCUUCUCCGUCUGCCUCUGGAAGGGAAAACCAUCAUCGCGGCGGAACCGGGUGCCGCAAAGGCCAUCAAGAGCUGGAAUCACUUUGAUCCCUCACGAGUUCAGGCACUCCUCAAAUAUGACCCCAAGGUCAAGUUCGGGCGCACCCUACGACUCCCGGUCGCUCCUCUGUCGCCACAGGGCUUUCCAGGAGAGCUGAACAUCGCCUUCAUUCCUGCGAAGCGCUACAAGACAGGUCUGCACCAUGCCAUUGGCAUCACAUACCAGCCACCGACUCACACGAGAAGCAUUGCACCGAUCGCCACGGUCGAUCUCCCAAAGACCACGAGAUACUUCCAUAUGCCCCUCAGUCCAAUGACCAUGCCUCCAUCGAGUCCUCCCGCACCCGUGACUCCUCUGAUCGACCGACCCGUGUCUUUCGACCUGCCAGCUCAGAGCCCCAACGUGACAAACUUCAAAGGACAUAGACCACGACUGUCUCGCUCCUCCAACACUGCUUCGUCGGAGUUUCUUCCGGCGGCUGACCAACCUACCAUUCGCCCACAGGCAGAGCCCGAAGCUGAACGGGGAGGGAUCGUGCAAAAAGUCUUGACCAUCCCGGACCAAUCUGCCCUCUUGGACACUACUUUUCGUUUUGAACUGGACCCUGCACCCUUUGCGUUUGUCAAAAGUCUCCCCACGCCACCAGCUUCUCCCGUGCCAACGGCGGUGUCAUCUCCCAAUCCUUCCGCCACGUCUCGUACGAGCACCCUCUACCAUCACCGCCACAGGUCUUCCGUGACGUCGCAUCAGAAGUCUUUAUCCAGCAUCUCCUCCGUGCCAAACCUCGCGCCCAUCACUCCCGCCCGUCCCAAGGCCGUCUCGGUCAUCUACUCGCCUCACGGCGUCCCGCUGUCCGACCUGCAGCCCUACAUCCAAACUCAUCUCGUGCGACUAACAGGGGCUCUUCCGUUGACCUUACUGCUGCACUCUUUCGACUCCGUGCGAAGCCCCUGGUAUUUGGGCGGCACCGUCAUGGCCGGGAUGUAUGGCGGAGCAGAACUCGCUCGUGCAUUAAUGGCCAGAUGCUGGAUCAGUGUGCACGAUGAACCCAAAGCUCAUCGUGGGACCAGCGUGAAGAAACUCCCGGCGAAGCGUGUCUCUGUGGACGAUGUGAGGAGACAUGUAUGGGAAGGAGAGGACGGUGAAUGGCUCAAGAAACGAGGAUGGACCUGCGAUGUCCGGCAGCUGCAUCCUGGGAGGGAGGUGUUCAUUGGGCCGAGCAGAGAUCUAUGCUCAGGCAUGGAGGGAAAGCGGGAGAGCCGGUUGUUGCGGUUUGGUGGCGCUGGGGAGGAGAUGAGAUGA